UUUGCUGUCAAAAGUCAAGUCAUCAAAUCAGCUGUGUAUCACACAGAGGGAACAUGUAAUAAUAAAUGUGCGUAUUAAAAUUUUGGUGUGAAAAUGUCCACUGAGACAAUUGAUAAAAAAGCAACUCAAUGUUUAUGAUAAAUUCACGGCCCAGUAGACAUGGCGCGGCGGAGGAGCAGCGGGAUCACAAGCCUGGGCUUUAACCAGAAUCAAGACUGCUUCACUUGCUGCCUAAGAUCAGGCCUGCGCGUUUACAAUGUUGAACCACUUGUGGAAAAGGCCCACUACAAUUCCGCAGGCAAAGAAGAGCUGGGCGAGGUGUCGCUAUGCGAGAUGGUAUUCCGCAGUAACUUGCUGCUGCUCGUGAAAGCGCGGCGGCCUUGCAGCCUGCUACUGCUAGAUGACCAGCGGCGCGCCUUCAAAGCUGAGGUGGCUUUCAAGACGCCCAUACGUGCGCUGCGAGCAAGGCGGGAUAAAGUGGCGGUCGUGCUAUCAUCAAGCAUACAAGUGCUAACGCUGCCGUCGCUGCAGCGAGUGGCGCUCCUGCGCACACCGCAAGCCGCCCGCCCGCUGUGCGCGCUCGCUAUCGAGCCCAACGCGGUGCAGGUGCUGGCUGCGCCCGCGCACAGGAAGGGCUCGCUGCAGAUACUGGACAUAUCCCGCGCAGUCAAAGGCGCUCAGUCUAGCUCGCCAGCUGUAGUGGGGUGCCACCAGACCGCUCUGGUCUGCCUGAGCGUGUCGGCAAACGGCGCCAAGCUGGCCACGGCGUCGGAACGCGGCACCAUCAUUCGGAUCUGGGACACCACCAGCAAGCUUCUGCUGCACGAGCUACGGCGAGGGUCUGACUACGCGGAUGUGUACUGUAUAAACUUCAACCCGUCCGGCUCGCUAGUCUGCUGCGUGUCGGACAAAGGCACGCUUCACGUGUGGGCCGCGCGCGGGUCCUACGCGCACCUCGCGUCCGCGUCCGCUGAGCCGGACACCCGGGCACNUCGUGCGUUAUGCGCCUUCAGCGACGACGCCAACGCCGUGGUGGUAUGUGAAGAUGGGACGUUCCACAAGUUUACUUUUUCGGCUGAGGGCAACUGCCAUCGGAAUGAUUUCGAAUAUUUUUUGCAGGUUGGUGACGACGACGAAUUCCUGCAAUGAUGUUUUUUUAUACAAAAACUUUGCUGGACAUUACAACCUUAUCGGACUUACGUGCUAAGUGAAAGAACACUUAACCGCAAAAUUUUUAACUCGCGUUUAAAAAGUGAUCGCUAUAUUCUGUUAUCCAAUUAUGGCGUGUAUUUAUGAUACCUUGUGAACUGAUUACCUCUCGCCAAAAAGUUAUUUAUAAUAUUGCAUGCUUAAAAACUUUUUCAGAGGUAAAAUUUUAUGAAGAGGCAGCUAAUAUGGUAUCGUUGAACUGUCUUCAGCAGCAACUCAACCUACUGCAAAAUUAUGAUUUUAAUUUGAGCGCAAAGUUGAAAAUCUAUUGAAAAACUUGUCAUUUUGUGGUAGGAUGAUAUGCUGGUGAUCGUACUUAUGAAAUAAGUUACAGCACAAGGACACUUCAGAUUCAUACAUCGAAUCAUGCUUUGUGUAACUAUAGAUACUACUUAAAAUACUCCACUUCGUUUGGAGAAAUUAUUGCUAAAUCUAUCUAGUUAUUAAGCACCGUGGCAUGUUGCUCACGUAUUAUUUUGACCUGUACAUAUUUUUUGCCCAUACAUAUUGUGUUCAAUCUUAAAGUUGAUUUAGGCUGAGUUGCACCACUUAUUUUAACCGUGACUAUAGCCAUAACUGGUGUUUUUGUUUGAAGUUGACAGACUUGACGUUUGUUAAAGUUAAAGUGAGAUGGUGCAACCCAGCCUUAACUAAUUCACAUUAUUCAGCGUUAUCUAGUUUGGGCUAUUCGCAUUAGUUAUGUUAUUGUCGGGAUGGCAGUUCAUCCUUUACUUUAUUAUAAUGGACGGAGAAGUAGUAAUAUAAAUCGUGAUUUAGGUUAAAAUUUAAUGUUGUUAUAAAAGACAAAUGGUACUAAAUUGCAUUUUUAACAUAGUAUAAACAAACAAAUGUUUGUGA